AAACUACAGCAGACUGAUGAUUGACAGAGCUUCACACAGUAGCAGUGAACGCUGCGCUGGAGAGGAGGGGUGACAGGGACCUGUCUACUGUACGCUCCAGUAAUGAGAUUAUUCAACUCAACUAAAGCUUCUUCUAAAUAGUAGUAUAGUUGCGCUGUUUCCCGCACAUGUGCUCGCGUGUGCGCGUUCUCGUCCUGCUCAGGAAAAGCGCAGCGUUUGAUGACAGGACUUUUGGAAAGAAACUGCUUGUUGGACCCUCUCUCGCCCAAUGCGCACAUGACUUUUCAGAAGGAACGGAGGUUGCGUUUGUUGUCGUUUGCGACUUUUAACGGGAUUUAACUGUGAGCUAUUCGCCGUGGUUGAGCGAAACAGACCCCGCGAGUCAUGGAGAACCAGGCAGAUUUGCAGAAUAGCACCGAGGACGUCCGUAAAAGCGGGUAUCUCCGCAAGCAGAAGUCCAUGCACCGGCGGUACUUCGUGUUACGGACGGCUUCUGAACGCGGCCCGGCCCGACUCGAAUACUAUGAAAGCGAGAAGAAAUUUCGAGGUAAAGCUCCCGUGCCCAAAAAGGCUCUUGCGCUGGAGACGUGCUUCAACAUCAACAAACGGGCCGACUCGAAGAAUAAGCACAUGAUAGUGCUCUACACACGGGCUGAGAGUUUCGUGGUGGCGGCGGAGAACGAGACGGAUCAGGAGGAAUGGUACCAGGCGAUGGUCGAACUUCAAUGCAAGAGUAAAGCACUCUGUGACAGUGCAAAUGGGGGAGACUAUGGAAUACCAACCCCUGGUCCUGCCUUCAAGGAGGUUUGGCAAGUAAAAGUUUGGCCUAAAGGUCUUGGCCAAGCCAAGAACCUGGUUGGCAUCUACAGGCUCUGUCUGACUGAGAAGACAGUCAACUUUGUCAAGCUAAACUCUGAUGCAGCCGCUGUUGUGCUCCAGCUGAUGAAUGUGAGGCGUUGUGGUCAUUCUGAAAACUUCUUCUUCGUGGAGGUGGGUCGUUCAGCAGUAACUGGCCCUGGAGAGUUUUGGAUGCAAGUGGAAGAUUCUGUGGUUGCACAGAAUAUGCAUGAGACUCUGCUGGAAGCCAUGAAGGCCCUGAGUGAGGAGUUUCGCCAACGUAGCAAGUCACAGUCAGCUGCUGCAGGAGUGGGAGGUGGCACCACUGCAUCAAAUCCUAUUAGUGUUCCAUCUCGACGGCAUCACCCUAAUCCUCCACCCAGCCAGGUUGGAUUCACAAGACGUCCACGGACCGAACCACCAGGGACAACUGGAGGAUGUAAUAACACUUCUCCGACUUCUCGCCACAGCUUCCCCCGAACUCGAACAUCAAGUGAUGGUGGAAAAUUUGAUGAUGGAGGUGGUGCAACAGCUGGAGGGAUUGCUUCAUGCUCAAGUCCAACGACCAAUGGGUCAUGUUCCAAUACCCCUAUACUGAGAUCAACAUCUGUUCGUGCUCAAACCCCAGUCAAGGCACAGCAUGCACUAAUGAGAUCCACCUCAACCCCAGCUGCACCAAGCCUGCCUUCCGGGCCAGGACAUGGAUCUGAGUUUUGUGCAAUUGGAGCCGGGACGAACAGCAGUGUUGGAAGUGGUAAUGGUAGCAUGUACAGUAGAAUACCUCUCAGACAGCCCUCUGUCUCUGGAUCUCUUAGCGACUACGGAUCAUCGGAUGAAUACGGCUCCAGCCCUGGUGAGCACUCUCUGCUAACCCCAACUAUGCAGCCAGGGUCUGCAGGUAGCUCAGGUGGGCAUUCUCUUGGGGAUGAAGCAUCUAACUACAUCCUUAUGAGUCAGAGAGGAGCUUCCAAAACUCAGUCAAGCCAAAAUGCAUUGCCACAGACCAGGAGGGUUCUGAGGCGCUCUUCUAGCAGAGAAUGUGAAGCAGAGCGCAGGCUAAUGAGCAAGCGGGCCUCCCUCCCACCCAUGGCCUUAGAGAGACUUGCACCACUCCGUCGAACUGGGGAAGAAGCUGCUGAAGAGGAUGCCUAUGCAAUUAUGACUCACACCACCGGGCGAGAAUCCUUUGAAUCAAGGCAGGAUUCUGGAGCAACAGCAAGUGAAACAGGAUACUUGGAAAUAGCUGCAGAGGUUAAAGGUGAUGCUGGUAGCAGUGAAACGAGUGUACCUGCUGUCAUUGGAAGAGCUAAUGGAGCAGUAGAUAAUGGCUACAUGUCCAUGUUACCAGGAGUUACAGCUCCCCCAGUAUCUCUUUCUCACUCCCUCUCAGUAACCGUUUCAGAUCCAGACUCAAAGUCUGCAGAUGACUAUAUGGCCAUGACCCCCAAUAAUAGCAUUUCACCCCCACGGCAGAUCCGUCCACCACCUUCUGGUACAGAUGGCUACAUGAUGAUGUCUCCCAAUAGUAGCUGUUCACCAGACCAACGAGGGGUCCCUACUGCCUGGGUUGGCAGUAGCAGUGCCGACAGCCGAACUGGCAGUGACUACAUGAAUAUGUCACCUAUAAGUGCCCGCUCUGCCAAUAGUACCCCACCACCACCUGAGCCCCACACUCCAUCUGACCUGCAUCCUCAGCAGCCUCCACCCAAGAUGGUAUAUUCUUAUUAUUCUCUACCCCGCUCAUACAAACAUAAUCCUUCAACACACUUUGAGGAAGGGCCAGGAAGAGGGAAGCAUUUGGUUAAUGGUGGUAGAGGUCUGGGUGGAGGUAGGGGGCUUGGUAAUAGCAAGUCCAAGCAUCAGGAACCCCCGGUUGGCCGACAUCUGUCCCUUUCGUCAUCCUCAUACUCCUCCAGUUCUGCUAGCAGCGAGAGCCUGGGUGAAGGUGAAGAAAAGGCCGUCAAAUUGACAGGAAGAGCAGCUGGUGCAACUGCAAAGAACAUUGAGCAAGGAUCCUUGCAGCAAAAACAAGGGUCUGGAAGGGUAAAGCAAGGGCAUCCUGGUCAGAGGGGCCGACCUCUUAGCCUGUUUGUGGAUGUCUCUAAAGCCAACACUUUACCCAGAGUCCGUGAGACACCCCUUCCUCCUGAGCCUAAGAGCCCAGGGGAGUAUGUCAGCAUUGAGUUUAAGGGUGAGAGGAGCCAAAAGGCAGGAGGUAAUGGAACUGGAGGAUUUCGGCAAGAUGCUUCUCUUCCACCUAACACCCACCGCCACUUACCCAGGCCUACCUCUUGUCUUGCUGGGUUUAUGCCCUUCUCACAUUGCUCCUCCGCCCCCAUUUCUCCAUUAACUGCUUCUGAGUAUGUCAAUAUGGAGCUAGGAGUCUCACUAUCCCCCUCGCCUAUCUCCCUCACACCACUUGGGUUUCCCCCAUUCCCUACCCCUCCUGUCACGCCUGCAGCAGCCCCUAAAGCUCAUGAUGAGCACAGAUCUUCAGUUCUAAAUGAGGAUGAUGCAGAGAGUGAGAUGGGGCUUAGAAAAAGCAGGCAGGUGUUUGUACCACAGCCAGGAGACCCACCCACAGCCUGUGGUGACUACACAAAGAUGGCCUUUAGCCUGAACUCAGGCAGCACGUUAAGUUCUACAUCACCAAAAGCCUCUUUGCCAGACCAGCCUGAGUCAUUAGUUCCAGCCCUAGGUUUGGGACUGGGACUAGACUUUCCACUUGCCAAAGUCCCAAACCCAGAUCACGGGGCUAAAGUAAUCCGAGCAGAUCCACAAGGUCGUCGACGCCAUUGCUCUGAAACGUUCCAAGCUCCUUCCUCACUUCUACCUUGCUCUGCAACAUCCUCUGCAUUCCCUGAUCACUCUCAAGUUAUGGGCCGUCGACUUGGUUUUGAUGGUAUGCUUUGGGGGAACAGUGGCUCAGCAGACAUCUCAUCUCAAUACAUCAGCCCUGGACUACCCAGUCUAUCUGUUUCACAGACAUCAUCUAUGGAACAGGGCCUCAAUUACAUAGACUUGGACCUGGCUAACAAGGAAAGCUCCCAUGCUGCUACAGAUGGGCAAGCAGCUGUCCACACACCUGCUGUCCGUAUCUUUUCCUCUGUGCUGGGUGGAGGAGCAGCAGGGAGCUCUGUAGGAGCUGGAGGUUCAGGCGGGAGUGCUUCAAACCUCAAUAUGUAUGCUAGCAUUGACUUUUACAAGUCAGAGGAGCUACGGACACACCAAGGUAGCAGCAGCAGCAAAGAUGGUACAGAAUGUUGAUGCCUCAGCAACGUGGGAUUCUGGGAAAUGUUCUGCCGGCGCGCUCCCGUGCACCUGAUGCACCUGCCAGAGCCGAGAGAGACGUGUGCACAAACCCAGCCAACUUUGCAAGCACUUUCGAAAGACUAUUCCGCAAUGAUUGGUUGCUGCAAUCGAUGGGAACAAGUGCCAAACGAGACUAGCAACAUCAAUCUGUGCUGUUCGGACUCUCAGCACACUAGCACUAUAACCAAUCAGAGAGGAGAAUGACACCAAUGAACCUUCAAC